AAGCCUCUUUGUCCCUAACCAGAAAACCAUAAAUCGAGACAUCAACAAACAAUACGGCGGGAUGUAACCUUACCUUUGAUCUUCUCUAUUUCUACUCAGAGCUGAAAGUGCCAUAGGUUUGUGCAGUCAUCAGGAUGAGCGCAGGAGACACAUCCACUGUAUCAGCUGAAGGGCAACUCCUUGAAAGUUAUAUUACCAGUGGGUUUCUGACCCAGGAGGAGAUUGAUGGCGUACGAAAACAAGACGUUUUUUCCUCCAAUCUGUAUAAUGUAGUGAAACUGAACGAAAUUCAGCGUGAGAGUGAUGAGAGAGCAUUUCAACUUGAGUUACUUAAGUUGGAUAAGGAAUUCGCUGAUGUCUCUCACAACCACUAUCUGAACCCCAGGAUUGAUGACCUUCAGAAGUUCAACUCCCACCUCCAGAGGCUGCUUCAGGAGCACAUCAGCUUGAAAAAGAGGCUAAUGAAUCCCCGGGCUGACCAAAGCCUACCCAUACACGCAGACAUGCACAAAGAUGUGGUGGAGCUCAUCAGCAUGGUCACAGACUUCAUAGAGAACUUGGACCUGAAGAUAAAGACCGUACAGUCUAUUCCUAACACUCAGGAAGACAUUAACAAGUUGAACAUGGGCAUGGCUCAGCUCCUGACCCUGGUGAAGGAGGUGGAGAGCCUCCACCAGCAGGUUCUUCAGUGGAGGGAGAAGCACCAAGGAACCAGCACAGAAAAACAGGGCCCGGAGGAUGGCUGGACAAGAUGACAGCUAGACCAUUUCAGUUCAUUAGAUGACUUGUAACAAUAACACAUAUGAUUCUCGUUUAGGGCUUGGCUUAAUCCAUGUACAGGAAACUAGCUUUUAAUGUCUCUGUCCAAAUUAGAUUUUUUAUUUAUUCUUUUCACUAGGGUUGUUUGGCUACACCAUUAAAAUAGUUGUGUGUGUGUGUGUGUACAAUAAAUAAUAAUCUUAACAGAA